UUUACUUAAUCAAAACUUAGCUGCUUCAUUCCAGUACACUAGCUAGCUGGCUAACAUGGGGUUCAUUAACCUGCAGCCGUGGAAAUAUAUGUGCUUGAGCUUGAUCCUCAUGCUGGGGGCCUGGUCAUCCGGAGCCACUUCUCGCACUCUACAAGAUGCAUCGAUGUAUGGGAGAUACGAGCAAUGGUUGACUCGUUAUGGUCGCGUAUAUAACGACGUUAAUGAGAAGGAGACUCGUUUCAAGAUAUUUAAGGAAAAUGUGGCGUUUAUAGAAUCUUCUAAUAAGGAUGCCAACAAACCUUACAGAUUAAGUGUCAAUCAAUUUGCAGACCUUACAAAUGAAGAGUUCAAAGCCUCAAGAAAUGGAUUCAAGGGACACGAGUGCUCCACGAAGACUUCUUUCAAAUAUGAAAAUUUGACUGCAUCAUUACCAGCAACAAUGGAUUGGAGAAAGAAAGGAGCUGUAACCCCCAUCAAGGACCAAGGCCAAUGCGGAUGCUGUUGGGCUUUUUCAGCAGUGGCCGCCACGGAAGGAAUUACACAGCUUACAACUGGGAAAUUGAUCUCUUUGUCUGAGCAAGAGCUCGUUGAUUGUGACACCGCUGGUGAAGACCAAGGAUGUGAGGGCGGCUUGAUGGAUGAUGCCUUCCAGUUCAUCCAACAAAAUCGCGGGAUUAGCACAGAAGCUAAUUACCCUUACGACGGCGUUGAUGGUACAUGUAACGCCAAGAAGGAAGCCAGCCGUGCAGCCAAGAUAACUGGCUUUGAAGAUGUCCCUGCAAACAGUGAAAAGGCCCUUCUUACCGCAGUAGCUCACCAACCUGUUUCUGUUGCCAUUGAUGCUAGUGGUUCUGACUUCCAGUUCUAUUCUAGUGGUGUCUUUACCGGGACCUGUGGAACGAGCCUUGACCAUGGUGUUACCGCUGUUGGUUAUGGCGUGAGCGAGGAUGGGACUAAGUAUUGGCUAGUGAAGAACUCAUGGGGUACGGAAUGGGGUGAAGCUGGAUACAUAAGAAUGCAGAGAGAUGUUGCUGCGGGAGAAGGACUUUGUGGCAUUGCUAUGGCUGCCUCUUACCCCACAGCUUAGUUAAUUUUACCAUCAACAAUAAAUCAAUAUGCCUACUAUAUUUAUGCGUUGUUGGUACUCUGAGAUCUAAGAAACUCCAAUGUGUAAAAUACUUGUAAGAUCUAUGUGUUUUGGCUGAAAGAACUAGCCAUUCUAUUGAACUUUAUAUCGUAAAAGCGUAGACUUUCCU